AUGGGGUUCAGGGUGCCAUGCGUCCUCCUUCUGUUGCUGUUGGUCUCCCUGCCCCCAACUCAGGCCCGUGCGGACCUCCCCUCUCCCAGAGAUGGGGAGCCUCUGCCAAGCUCCCAUCACCAAUCCGCGUCCGGAGCCCUGCACCCUGCACCGCUCCCAGCGGGUGAACCAGUUCCCCGGUAUGGCAAAGUGCAAGGUCACCGCGCAUCACCCCUACUCUCACACUCCCUGCAAUAUUUCACAACCACCUUGUACGAUCCUGCCUAUCGCAAACCUCGAUUCAUGGUCGCCGGCUACGUGGACAACACGCAGAUCGUAAACUUCGACAGCGACAAGGCGAGUCAGCGGGUGGAGCCGCGGGUGCCAUUUACAGCGCGGGAUCCAGAGCAUUUGGACGAGUUGACUCGACUUGGCAGAGACAUCUUAAUACUUGGCCGAAUAGAACUGUGGACCCUGUUUGGCUACCAUAGCCAGAGAGAGAACGAGUCUCACACUGUCCAGUGGCUAUUCGGCUGUGACAUAGGGCCAGACUACCGCUUCCUCCGUGGGUAUAAGCAUGUCGGUUAUGACGGCCAGGAUUACAUCUCUCUGACUGAGGACCUGCACUCCUGGACCGCGGUGGAUACUAAGGAGGCUCAGAUCACCAGGCGCAAGUGGGAGGCAUCUGGUGUUGCAAAGUCCUGGCGAUCUUUCCUGGAGGGCAAGUGCGUGGUGUGGCUUCUCAAAUACCUGGAUAAAGGAAAGAAGAUUCUGCAGCGUGCAGACCCUCCAAAGGCACAUGUAACCCAUCACCCUAGACCUGAAGGUGAUGUCACCUUGAGGUGCUGGGCUCUUGCAUUCUACCCAGCUGACAUCACCCUGACCUGGCAGAAGGAUGGGGAAGACCAGACCCAGGACAUGGAGCUGGUGGACACCAGGCCUGCAGGAGAUGGAAACUUCCAGAAGUGGGCAUCUCUGGUGGUGCCUUCUGGGGAGGAGCACAAAUACACAUGCCAUGUGCAACAUGAGGGGCUGCCUGAGCCCCUCACCCUGAGAUGGGAGCCAUCUCCUUGGUCCCCAACUGGAGUGAUAGUUGGUGUGGUUCUCCUUGGAGUUGUGGUCACUGUAGCUGUGGCUACCACUGUGAUGCUGAGGAAGAAAAGCACAGCAUCUCACACUGUGUCCCAUGCUGGCCUAGAACUCACUAAGUAGCUGUGAUGUCCAAUCUUCAGUGUCAGCUUGGCUAGAUUUAGAAUCACAUCUGUAAGAGUGUUUCCAGAGAUUAAUUGAGGAUGGAAGAUCCAACCUGGGGCCCAAGGAUAAAGGAAGAACAGAAGAAAACCAGAAGAGAGGAUCCCUAAACUCUACUUCCUGAUCUACUGAAGUUUGAGGACUCCCAGCCCCAUGCUCCUGCUACCCUGUACUGCAUCAUGCCUUAUGCUGAGAGUGACUGUGCCUCUUAAAUCAUGAAUCAGAAUAAACCUUUCAUCCUUUAAGUUGCUCUGCUGAGCAUUUUGUCACACAAUGAAAAAAAGUAAUUAAUAA